UUCGGCCUUGCGGUGGUUGCUUUCGUGAUUGUGAGCUUCGCCGUAUGGGACCGUCAGAACCUCCUCCGAGAGCAUGAUGAUGAAAUUUAUCGACUUAAGGGAGAAAUUAAGAGCUUGAAAGAAAUGUUGGAAAGACCAGGACAAUCUGUACCUUCUGGUGAAUAUACCAUCCAUGGGAAUGGUAAAUCAAUCAAUGACAAAAUAUUUGUUUCUGACCCUCUUGACAAUGAACGGCGUGAAAAGGUUAAAGAGGCUAUGCUUCAUGCCUGGAAUUCCUAUGAGAAGUAUGCUUGGGGUCAAGAUGAACUUCAGCCACAAUCAAAGAAUGGCGUGAACUCCUUUGGUGGUCUUGGAGCGACCAUUUUGGACUCCCUUGAUACGUUGUACAUAAUGGGCCUAAAGGAUCAAUUCGAAAAGGCUAGAGAAUGGGUUGCGAAUUCCUUGGACUUUAACAAGAACUAUGAAGCAAGUGUAUUUGAAACGACCAUAAGAGUUGUUGGUGGGCUACUUAGUGCUUACGAUCUCUCUGGGGAUUCAUUAUUUCUUGAGAAGGCGAGAGACAUCGGUGACAGGUUGCUUCCUGCUUGGAAUACUCCUACAGGAAUUCCUUACAAUCGAAUUAAUUUAGCUCAUGGAAAUCCUCAUAAUUUUGGAUGGGCAGGGGGUGAUAGUAUCCUUGCAGACUCUGGAACUGAGCAACUUGAAUUCAUAGUUCUAUCUCAGAGGUCUGGAGAUCUAAAGUACCAACAGAAGGUAGAAAAUGUAAUAUCUCAAUUUCAGAAGUCAUUUCCGAGCGAUGGCCUGCUCUCCAUCUACAUAAAUCCCAACUCUGGGACAUCUUCACGCUCGCAAGUAACUUUUGGUGCGAUGGGCGAUAGCUUCUACGAAUAUCUUCUUAAAGUUUGGGUACAAGGAAACAAAACUGGGAGUGUAAAGCAUUACAGAGAAAUGUGGGAGACAUCCAUGAAAGGACUACAAAGUCUGGUUCGUAAAAGCACGCCAUCUUCCUUCACAUAUCUCUGUGAGAAGAAUGGUGACUAUCUGUCUGACAAGAUGGAUGAACUGGCAUGCUUUGCUCCAGGAAUGUUAGCUUUAGGUUCUUCUGGCUAUGACUCUGAAAGUGCUAAAAAAACUUUAUUACUUGCUGAAGAGCUUGCUUGGACUUGUUACAAUUUUUACCAAACAACUCCUACAAAAUUGGCUGGUGAAAACUAUUUCUUCCAUGAAGGACAGGACAUGCAUGUUGGCACGUCAUGGAACAUAUUGAGACCAGAGACUAUAGAAUCACUAAUGUAUCUCUGGCGUAUUACUGGGAAUAAAACAUAUAAGGAAUGGGGCUGGAAUAUAUUCCAAGCAUUUGAAAAGAACUCUCGCAUAGAUUCUGGCUAUGUUGGACUAAAGGAUGUAAAUACUGGCACCAAGGAUAACAUGAUGCAGAGCUUUUUCCUUGCUGAAACUCUCAAAUAUCUUUAUCUCCUAUUCUCACCGCCAUCUCUCAUCUCUUUGGAUGAGUGGGUCUUCAACACAGAAGCUCAUCCUCUAAGAAUUGUUACUAGAAGUAAUAAAGGUGAAAACCAAACAACUUCCAUUGCACAGUCUCUGCCAAAUCAUCCAAAUAAAUUCCUUGGAAGGAAGCAAGGGGGAGCCUAACAUACUUAAACCUUUGGAAAUUUUUUAUAGAUUCAGUAUUUAGUAUCUUGAGCUUCACCAUGGAUAAUAGCUGAGGCCUGCUGUGAUUGUUAUGCUAAGCGAACGUUAUAUUUAAUAUUUUAUGAGUGGAUGGUGGUAGCAUUGAGGAGGAUAUUUGGCCAUAGGAGUUGUUCCUAUGCUUAUUUACAUUUAGGGUACAAUAGCUUUACAUUGAAAAGUGCGAAUCUGACUAUUGAAAGCCAUUAAUUUAUGCUUUUGAAACCAAGUUUGCAUUUCAUUA